GCUGCGUACCCAGGGAGUAACAGGCGCCCCACACCAUGGGGAAGCUGGUGGUGCUGACGGUGCUGGGGGCCACUCUGGCCUUAAUCGGGGAGAGGUUGCUGGCUUUCAGUGGAAAAAUUACUUCAUCUCGAGAAGUGGAGUCUGUAGAGCCCCAGACUUGCCACCUUAUUGAGGGACUCGAAAAUGGCUCUGAAGAUAUUGAUAUACUUCCUAGUGGGCUGGCUUUUAUCUCCAGUGGAUUAAAAUAUCCAGGCAUGCCAACAUUUGCCCCAGAUGAGCCAGGAAAAAUCUUCCUGAUGGAUCUGAAUGAGCAGAACCCGAAGGCACAAGUACUUGAGAUCAGUGAUGGAUUUGACAAACAAUCAUUUAACCCACAUGGGAUCAGUACUUUCAUCGACAAAGACCGCACGGUGUAUCUUUAUGUUGUGAAUCAUCCCCACAUGAAGUCCACUGUGGAAAUAUUUAAAUUUGAAGAACAACAACGUUCUCUCAAACACCUAAAAACUCUAAAACAUGAACUUCUCAAGAGUGUGAAUGACAUUGUGGUUGUUGGACCAGAACACUUCUACGCCACCAGAGACCACUAUUUUACCAACUUUUUCCUGUCAUUUCUUGAGAUGAUCUUGGAUCUUCACUGGACUUACGUUCUUUUCUACAGCCCAAGAGAGGUCAAAAUAGUGGCCAAAGGAUUUAGUUCUGCCAAUGGGAUCACAACCUCUCUAGACCAAAAGUACAUCUAUGUAGCUGAUGUCACAGCUAGGAACAUUCGUAUAAUGGAGAGACAUGAUAACUGGAAUUUAACAGAACUGAAGGUGAUGCAAUUGGGCACCUUAGUGGAUAACUUGACAGUUGACCCUGCCACGGGAGAUAUUUUGGCAGGAUGCCAUCCUAAUGGCAUGAAGCUUCUGGUUUAUAACCCUGAGGACCCUCCAGGAUCAGAAGUGCUACGCAUCCAGAAUGUUUUGUCAGAUAAGCCCACAGUGAGCACAGUCUAUGCCAACAAUGGGUCUGUGCUUCAGGGCAGCACUGUGGCGUCUGUGUACCGAGGGAAGAUGCUCAUCGGCACUGUGUUUCACAGGGCUUUGUACUGUGUACUCUAGGCUCAAGAUAUUUCCAAAAGUAAAUGUUUGGCUAAAAUACAAUAAACUUGUAUGAUAAGUGGAA